AUGGCUAAUCCAAUCCAAAUACCCAUUGGUCUUAAUCUCAAUCAAGAAGAACAAGAAGUCUUUUAUAGAUUGAAUAGACGAGAACGAUUAAGAUUUAAUGCCUUGCAAGACAAUAAUGCAAAACUUGUUUAUAUACAAGCACUUGUGGAUAGGGAAAACUCUGAUCGUGAAAAAUCAGACUUUGAACAAAAAAUAAAGCACAUGAUAAAUGGCGAACUAAGUCAAAAAUAA